AUGCGUAGGGCUUCCGGCGGCGGCCGUCCCGUGCAGCGCACCGCAGCAGGCCCUGCUGCUGCUGCUGCUGCUGGGGGGCCGCAGCAGCAGCAGCAGCGCAGGAGAGGCCCGUCGAGGGAGUCCUCGGGGGAGCAGCAGGAGGGAGCAGCAGCGACCACGAUGAGCAGCAGCGAGCAGCAGCAGCAGCAGGAGCAAGAACAGCAGCAGCAGCAGCAGCAGCAGCAGCAAACCACUUCAACCAACAGGGGCCUCAGCAGCAGCAUGCAGCCGCCCAAGGGCCCCCGCAUGCAUGCACAUCGCAAAGUCCCUGAGGGUUCUGGGCAGUCUGAAUACGACCCUAAGCUUUGGUCAAUUGUGCCCGUCAGCAGCAACACAGAAGCUGCUGUUCCUGAUGCAGCAGCAGACAAGACUGUUUUGGGGGGCCUCUUUUCUACGCGGAAGCCAAAAGAUGCAGGUGCAGGGAUCUCCUCAGGGCUGAAGUCUGUGGGCAAAGGCGUCGCUGUGGGCGCCGCCUCUCUCUUUGUGCUGCCUGCUGUUGGCGCUGCGCAGCAGGGCGUGGGGGGCUUCUUCAAAGGCAUCGGAGCUGGAGUUGUUGCUGCUGUUGCGCUGCCUAUUACUGGCAUUUGCGUGGCGGGCUAUCAGGUGACCCGGGGGCUAAUAAACACCCCCGAGGCCAUUCACGAGAAGAGCCAGGGCAAGAAGUGGGACAAAAAGGAAAGAGUGUGGAAGCCGAACUGGUACAGCCUGCAGGAGGAGGCGGGGGAGGUGCUGGAGCGGGAGAACCCGCACAAGCGGGAGUGCGGGCCCUGCAGCAGCAGCAGCAGCAGCAGCAGCAGCGCAGCAGCAGCAGCGGGAGAACGGAAAGUGGUGGACACGGCGCUCUACGACGUGCUGGAAGUCCCCCCCGACGCCAGACCCGAAGACAUCCGGAGACAGUACUACAGACUUGCGAGGAAGUACCAUCCUGACAAAAAUCCCGGAGAUCCAGAUGCGAAGAAGAAGUUUCAACAACUCGGAGAGGCCUACCAAGUGCUGGGCGAGGAGGAGCGCCGCGCCCAGUACGACCUCCACGGCCAAGCUGCAGCACAAGACAUGCCCAUCAUCGACAGCAGUUUGUUCUUCAUGAUGUUGUUUGGGUCGGAGGCGCUGGAGCCGUACAUAGGCAAGCUGAAGAUGGCCAUGUUCGUGGAAAUGCUCGACGCGCCGGGCAGCAAGGGCGCCCGGGGCGACGACAUAUCGGAGGAAAUGUUUGCUUUUGAACAGAGGAAGCGCGAAGUGCAGCUGGCUGUGCUGCUGCAGCAGCGGCUGCAGCCGUACGUAGACGCCAUGCUGGAGGACCCCAGCAACCAGCAGCAGCAGCAGCAAAAGAUCGAGGCUUGGAAGCGGGCCAUGACGGAAGAAGCAAAGAACUUGUGUCUGUCGUCGUUUGGAGAUGCUAUUCUUGAAGCGAUCGCCUGGACUUACGAGAACUACGCGACGCAGUACUUGGGAAAGCUCGACACCUUCUUGGGUUUGGGAGGCCGGUACGCGAAGAUGCAGGCGCAGAGUCGGUCUGUGGGUAACAGCUGGCGCACAGCUUCUGUGGCUCUGCGUGCUGCUGUUGCUGCUCGGCAGCUGCAGCAGCGGGAACAGAAAAGAGCAAAGAAGCAAGAAAAAGCAAAGAAGAAAGCUAAAGAUGGAGAAGCGCCCCCGGAGGCGGGCCCCACAGCUGAAGACAUAAAGCAAUUUGAGGAAACCCUUCCUCUGAUUUUGGAAACCAUGCUCAGCAUUUGCCUGAUGGACAUCGAGACCACUGUCAGGGCUGCUGCCAAAAAGGUGCUGAAGGACAUGAGCGUGUCUGUGGAAGUGCGGCGGCUGCGGGCGGAGGCCCUCGUGGCUCUGGGGCGGCUCAUUCAGCAGGAAGCAGAAGCAUUUAAGGAGCAGCACAAAAACGAGAAAGUGGACCCCCUCAGGCGCAUGGAAGACGCCCUCAUCAAGGCUGCUCAGAAGGCAGACGAGGAACGCUACAAAAGGGAAGGAGAUCAUACAGGGCCCCCACCUCCAGCAGGAGCAGCAGCAGCAGCAGCAGCAGCAGCAGCAGAUGCCCCGCAGCAGCAAGCGACUUCUCCUAGGGGCACUCCUGGUUUUCUGUACAGCUCGGUGUAUAGUGCGCCCUGCGCGCCCCAGCUGUUUGCAUUUGCUGCUUCUGCUGCUGUGGAAGCCAGCAGCCACGGGGGCAGCCGGAAGCAGCAGCAGCAGCGGCAGCAGCAGCAGCAGCGGCAGCAGCAGCAGAGCAGCAGCAGCAGCAGCGGCAGCAAUAGCGUCACAGUUGGCAGCGCGCGACAGAUACCCGCAGCAGCGCACAAACUGCAGUCAAACAGCAGCAGCAGCAGCAGCAGCUCCAGCCCGAGCAGCUGCAGCAGCAGCAGCAGCAGCAGAGGGUGGAGUGGCCCCGCUGUUUUGUUGCUGUUGCUUUCAACUUGA